AAGACACAAAGCGUGCAUUCUAUAUUCUCCGGAUUCUCCGCGAAAACCAUGCGUUUAUUUUUGAUUUACAAUUUAAAAUCUGUUAUAACAUAAUUCUUUCAGUUUUUUAAACCUAGUACUCGAUUUGUUUCUUUCCAAAAUGUCAAGUAUUGAUAAGUUUACAGAAAAACAAAAAACUCACAAAAAGCGGCUGGCAGGUGUAAAAGCUGAUAAGAAAAAGAGCAAGAAUAAACCUACAGACAAAAAUAAAAAUGUUAAAGCAUUUGCGAUCACGAAAGCGCGGAGCGCUGAAAAACGGUUCCGACGUAAGGAGGACAUCUUAACGAAAAAACAGCAUAUUCCCUUGGUAGAUAAAACACCGGAAGAACCACCUCCGGUUUUAAUAGCAGUUGUUGGACCUCCAAAAGUGGGCAAAUCAACUUUAAUAAAUAAUCUAAUAAAAAUCUUCACAAAAACAAACGUAACUAGCGUAAAUGGCCCAAUAACGGUAAUUACCUCCAAGAAACGAAGAAUAACAUUGGUGGAAUGUAAUAACGAUAUAAACAGUAUGAUUGAUAUUGCGAAAUGUGCUGAUCUCGUACUGUUGAUGGUUGAUGCUAGUUUUGGAUUCGAAAUGGAGAUUUUCGAGUUUCUCAAUAUCUGUCAGGUGCACGGCAUGCCUAAAAUAAUGGGUGUCCUCACCCAUCUGGAUACGAUAAAAAGCGCUAAAGCUGUAAAAAUGCAGAAAAAAACUCUCAAACAUCGAUUUUGGACCGAAGUAUAUGACGGCGCAAAACUGUUUUAUUUAUCUGGUCUUAUUCACGGCGAGUAUUUGCGAAAUGAGAUCAAAAAUCUGGGACGGUUUAUCUCGGUAAUGAAGUUUCGGCCGUUGACAUGGCGAGGGGCCCACAGUUACAUACUUGCCGAUCGAAUGGAGGAUAUCACAAAUUUGGAACAAAUAAGACUGCAGCCAAAAUGUAAUCGAGAUAUUGUGCUUUACGGUUACGUACGAGGUGUUCCAUUGAAAAAAGAAAAUAUGGUUCAUAUAGCUGGCCUGGGCGAUACCCGCAUUGAAGAACUGAAUGCUUUGCCGGAUCCAUGUCCGCUUCCUUCGACGGAAAAGAAAAGAAAUCUAUUAGAAAAAGAACGGCUAUUGUAUGCACCCAUGUCAGGUGUUGGAGGAAUUGUUUACGAUAAGGAUGCUGUUUACAUUGAAUUACAAGGAUCACAUAGUCACAAAGGAAAGCAGAAUAGUGAACAACAAGCAUUGGUACAAUCGGUGAUUGAAAAAAAGGAAACGUUAGAUAUGCAAAUUGCCAAUCAGGAAUUUAAACUCUUUAGUGAUGGUAAUAUUAUCAAAUCAAAAGAAUUUCAGCUGGAUGAUAAAGAUGUACAGGAUUCUGGUGUAGAAGAUUCUGAUGAUGAAGAUGUGUUUGUUAGAUCUGGAUGGAAUCCAGACCAAGAACUACCAGAAAAACAAUCCGACGAGGAGCAGGAGGAAGCAAACGAAACCGACGAAGAAAAUGACAGGUUUCAAACAGAAGACUUUCAAGCUAAACAAUCGAAAGGCUUUCUCUCCUCUGAAGAGGAAUCGGAAAACGAAGGUACAACACAAAACUCAAUGGCUUGGAAACAUGGCCUUGCAUCGAAAGCGAGAAGAGAUUACCUGGAGCGUCAGUCUACAAGUAAAAACCUAAUGAAGAUCGUCUACGGAGUAUUUAGUAAAUUCAAAGCUAAUCGGGAAAAAACAGAAGCCCAAGAAGACGUUGAAGAUGACGAUUUGUUAGGAGGUCUAUUCAAGGGUGUUGCUCAAAGGCAGGCUGAAAUGCAUAAAAAGAAGUCCAUUCAAGACGAAGAUGAAGGAUGCUUUUUUGAGGAAUAUGCCGAUGGAGUGCGAGAUUGGACUGAGGAGGAAAACAAACGUCUUAUUAGUAAUUGUUUUGUAACUGGCAAGUGGAAAAGUUCCGAGGAUGCUGAAGAGCUACUAAAAUUAGACGACAUGAGCGAUGGUGACAGUGAAGUCUACGGAGACUUUGAAGAUUUAGAAACAGGCGAAACACAUACUGCUAAGAAAGCUCAAGAGGAAAAGCAAACAGAUGCAGCUUCAGAAUCCAACCAAGAAGAAAAUUCAUUGAAAAGAAAGCUAUCGAGAAUCGAAGAGAAAAAUAUGUCACGGGCAGAAUUGAUGGCCAAAAAGAUGAAACUGAAAGCAAAGUUUGACGCUGAAUAUGAUAAUCCAGAGAAGGAUGAUCAGCACAUAGAAGGUGACCAUCAAUAUUACGAAAAAUUGAAAGCUGAAGCACUACGGCAAACCGAGCUCAACAAAAAGGAGUUCUCGGGGCUCGACGACGAUGCGCGACUGAACAUAGAAGGCUACCGUGCUGGCUUGUAUGUGAGAAUGAAUUUUAAGGAUGUGCCAUGUGAGUUUGUAGAACAUUUCGACCCUGCAUUUCCAAUCCUUAUUGGCGGAUUAAAUAUGGCAGAAGAAAAUGUAGGAUAUGUCAGUUGCAAAGUUAAGAAACAUCGGUGGUACAAGAAAAUCUUAAAAACAGGUGAUCCGCUAAUUAUUUCUCUCGGUUGGCGUCGUUUUCAAACAAUUCCAAUAUUUGCAAAAGUAGAGGAUGAUCUCAAACAUAGAUACCUCAAAUAUACCCCAAAUCACGUUACCUGUAGCAUGACUUUCUGGGGUCCAGUUACUCCUCAAAAUACAGGAUUGUUAGCUAUCCAGAAUACCGCCUACGAUCAACAGGAAAUUAAAAAGCUUGGGUUUAGGGUGGCUGCUACUGGAGCCGUUAGCGAAACUGAUAAAUCUGUUCAGAUAAUGAAGAAACUAAAGCUAAUUGGAACACCAUACAAAAUUUAUCAAAAAACUGCUUUUAUUCAAGGUAUGUUUAAUUCAACUCUUGAAGUAGCUAAAUUCGAAGGAGCUAAAAUCAAGACCGUAUCUGGUAUACGCGGUCAAAUUAAAAAGGCAGUUCCACCGGAAGGCAGCUUUCGAGCGACCUUCGAAGACCGCAUCGUGGUUAGUGAUAUAGUAUUUUGUCGAACAUGGUUCAAGGUGCACGUCCCUACUUUCUACGCCUCGGUGACAAAUCUGUUACUGCCUCCGGAACAAAAGUCCAAAUGGAUCGGAAUGAAGACUCUAGGCCAGCUAAAGAGAGAAAAAAGUAUAAAGUUUGAAGCCAGGCAGGACAGCUCGUACAAACCGAUAGAAAGAGAAGAUCUGCAGUUCAGACCGUUAAUUAUACCGAAGAAUUUGCAGAAAGCAUUGCCCUACAAAGAUAAACCGAAACACGGACCGUUAAAUCAGAGAAAACAGACAGCAAAUGAGCGAAUAGCAGUUGUGCAUUCACCUCAUGAGCAAAAGGUUGCAAAAAUGAUGAAAAUGAUUCGUACCAACUAUGAAGUUAAAGAGGAGAAAAGAAAAGAACAGGCCAAACAAAAACAGGAUAAAUAUAAAAAGGAAAAAGUAAGCCAAGAUUUCCGAAAGCUGCAACGACAGAAAGAGUUGAAAAAGAAGGUCUUCAAGGCGAUGAGCAAAAUGGAAGCCAAACAUCAAAGCACUGCAGCAAAAGGCGGAAAAUAGGUUGGAUUUUUUACUCAGUUUAACUGUAGCAGUUCACAUUUGU